UCUGACCGUGCUUUCCUGCCCACACGAGCAACGUUCGACGCCGCCAGUGCAGCGCAACCGCAUCAAUCGCCCGUGUCCCCCGUGCCGCGACAAUGGCAGCUCUCCGCUCAACCACCUCUAUGCUCCUCGGCGCCGCGUCCAGGCCGGCCCUGCGCGCGACUGCCGCGGUGCCUGCCGCCGUGCGCGGCAUGGCCCAAGUCUCCGACGCCACGGCCUCGGGCGACAAGCCCAGGCUCAAGACCUUCCAGAUCUACCGCUGGAACCCCGAUACGCCUACCGAGAAGCCCAGGAUGCAGAGCUAUACCCUCGAUCUGAACAAGACCGGGCCCAUGGUCCUCGACGCCCUGAUCCGCAUCAAGAACGAGCUCGACCCGACCCUGACCUUCCGCCGGAGCUGCCGUGAGGGCAUCUGCGGCAGCUGCGCCAUGAACAUCAACGGCACCAACACUCUCGCGUGCUUGUGCCGCAUCCCCCGCGAGGACAGCUCCGACAUGAAGAUCUACCCGCUUCCGCACACCUACGUCGUCAAGGAUCUGGUGCCCGACCUCACCCAGUUCUACAAGCAGUACAAGUCGAUCAAGCCGUACCUGCAGAGGGACACGCCCUCGCCAGACGGCAAGGAGUACAGGCAAUCCAGGGAGGACCGCAAGAAGCUCGACGGCCUCUACGAGUGCAUCCUGUGCGCGUGCUGCUCGACCUCGUGCCCCUCGUACUGGUGGAACUCGGAGGAGUACCUGGGCCCCGCCAUCCUGCUCCAGUCGUACCGCUGGCUGGCCGAUUCCCGUGACGAGAGGAAGGCCGAGCGCAAGGAGGCCCUCAACAACUCGAUGAGCCUGUACCGCUGCCACACCAUUCUCAACUGCACCCGGACAUGCCCCAAGGGCCUCAACCCCGGCCUGGCGAUUGCCCAGAUCAAGAAGGAGAUGGCUUUCUAAAGCGGCGGCAUGAGUUAAAAUAGAGGAGCUCUGCACCGGUGACGAAGAGUGGCGUGGUUGGGAACAGAUUGGGUAGUGAUGGUGGUGGUGAUGGUGUUUCGAGUUCGAAUCAUCGGACUCGGUUAGCUAUGUAAACUUACCCUGGUCUCCUGCAUGGUCGGAGUUUACUUUGUCACAAUACCAGCAAUAGGAUGCUUUUAGGACUUGCGUGGCUUCGCCUCCGAUGUCGAGUUAUUAGAACUCAGCACUGGCACAACGCAACGAAUGGAACAAACCGACUAGCAUCAUGAACCGAGAGAACGAUUGCGGCAGAUAACUAACAAGUCAUAUCAAAGCAGUUAAGAAGCAUAUAACUUUUCUCAUCCU